UGCCGGCAGCGGGUGAACGUGACGGUGCGGAGCGGGCUGCCCAUGGUGCUGUCGGGCUCGGCCGAGCCCUGCGCCCAGCUGCUCGUCUCCUCCAUCGGCGUGGUGGGCUCGGCGGAGCAGAACCAGCGGCACAGCGCCCGCUUCUUCGACUUCCUGACGGCGCAGCUGGGCCUCGGCCCCGAGCGGAUUGUCAUCCGCUUUUACCCACUGGAGCCCUGGCAGAUCGGCAAGAACAGAACAGUCAUGACAUUCCUGUGAUCCCUUGAGCGGCCAGUUGGAACAAAGCAAUGGUGAAGACAACUCAGAGAUGACCAGCUCCAUCUAUCUACUUGUUUCCUCUUACGAUCAAAUCUGUGUAGCUCUGCACCUUCACCUGUAUGAUUCACUUUUGUCUUUGCAUCCCGUGCACACAAAGCUGAAGAGUGGGGCAAUCAGCUGUACUGAUUUUACUAAAAUAGUUCAAGGUCUUUGUCUCAAGCCUGUCUCGUAGCCCAAAGGCUCUCCUGGUGCCUAUGGCUAAGCCAUUGCAAUCUGAUGAUGGCCACACGUGGGCCUAGAAAAAGCUCUCUUGUAGCAGCAAUAAGUUUAAUUCCAGAACACAUUUGGCUUUAUUGAGGACCAGAGGGGUUCUUGGGUUCAUCCAGAUUUCCUCAUACUUUGGAAGGCAGAAAGAGCCUUCUUUCUGUUUCUCUGUGGCAGCAGAAGGGUCCCAGGCUGACUAAGAAGACCUGGGAGACAAAUUCUUCUCUUUUCAUGCUCCCCAAAACUCCUUUCUGGAAAGGGGUGUGAUUAUUGGAAGGGAAGUUUAUGCAUUUAUAUAAUUGUUUAUUUAAGGCUCAUGUCAGAUCUUGUGCUCUGUGCUCUGCCAUCGCCACCCACGGUGGCUGCUCCUACAGUUUUACUUGUCUGCAAGAUUUUCACGGCUGAAUGUUUGUGUGCCAAUGGCAGUGUGUAGAGGAGGGACUUGCUUGUGAAGAAUUGCACUGUGCCACAGGAAAAUACUUUGAAGGUUCUGCUACUGCUAGCUUUAAUUCCUGUCAUUCACCCAGUUGUUCAAAAUACUUUUCCUCAUCCUGGUGUUACAGGGAGUUUUGGGAUGAUGCAGCAUCUCACUGUGUUCUGUGGAUGGUGUUUUCAGCUCACUGUCCCUGCAGGGAAGUGUUUUGGGUGUUCAGGACCCAUAUGCUCCCUCACUUUAUAACUGGAAUACAUGUGGCAUUUUAUUAAAACAAAAGCAUGGUACUUUUUAUGUAUAAUGUUAUCUCUGCCUUCCACUGAUAAUGAAAACAUUUAUCAGUUUCCUUUCCACUUUGUGACUUGGUCAGGUCGCAGACAGGGAGCUCAGAGGAACUGAGAGCAUGCCCUUGGGACAUGGAGGUCCAUGGGAACGCAAGGCUGAAGGGUGCUUCUGCACUCCUUUGUCAUUCUGAUUGGAGUUUUAUUUGCUUAUGACGAGGUCUCAAGAUAGUUGAAAAUAUUCCUUCUAAUUACCAUUUGAAGUUGGUUGUUCCCUAUGCAGCAUAAACAUCUUCUAUGUUUGCAAAAUCUGUCAGGACUGUAAUACCAAACAAAUUUGUGUAUCAGGCUAGGGGGGCUGCACUUUGUCUGGUUAAUAAAAUGUAUCAAAGCCUCUUU